UUUUCCAUUUGCAAGCUGCAGUCGGAGCGCAUCGGUGCAACGCAGUGCUAGCCUGUUCGCCUGUUGAUCUCAACGUGUGUAGAUAGGUUCUUUUACUUUUGAAUUUACCCGUUCUGUGGAAGUGGCGCCCUAGUAGCUAAAAACUUGAUGAGCGUGCCUUCUAGCGCGAUCGGAAUUGAAGGUACCGCCAACGUAGCAGUGACGGUUGUGCGCGAGCAGACGAAAUCGAACAUCUUUUUCAGAGGCGCAUCGCUGUCACAACCGAUGGGAAACCCCGUCAAGCUUUUCUUCUAUGCUGGAGGCAUUUUCUUGACAUACUUCUACUACGGAGUGUUACACGAAGAAAUAACCAGGACCAAGUAUGGGCCCAACAAAGAAAUGUUUGUUCAUGCACAGUCGCUACUUUUGUUUUCCUGCAUCAUGAAUGUUCUCUUUGCAAAACUGAUGUUAUCCACUUUCCUUAAGCAAGGAGUCGACACAACUAGGACAUCCUAUUAUGUGAUAUCAUCUUUCACUUACCUAGGUGCCAUGCUUGCAAGCACAAUCAGUUUGCAGUUUGUGAACUAUACCACACAGGUGGUUGGCAAGUCUUGCAAACCCAUCCCAGUGAUGGUUCUGGGUGUGCUAAUUGGGGGCAAGCGGUACACCAUGUCCAAGUACCUGUCCAUCCUGGUGGUAGUGCUGGGUGUGGCACUGUUCAUCUACAAGGAUGGCAAGGCCUCAGCCAAGACGUCCUCCCAAGGCUUUAUGGGAAAGGGAGAGCUGCUGUUGCUUGUCUCACUGGCAUUAGAUGGCUUGACAGGAGCAGUGCAGGAACGUAUGAAGUCAGAGCACCAGACAAAGUCAGGUCACAUGAUGGUCAUGACCAACUUGUGGUCAGUUGUUUAUCUUGUCCUAGCUCAACUAUUCACAUGGGAGAUCUCGGACUUCAUACAGUUUAUUCAAAGGUACCCAGCACUUCUUCCAAACAUACUGCUCUUUACCAUCACAGGGGCACUAGGACAGACACUGAUUUUCCGAACAGUGAGUGAAUUUGGGCCACUGCCAUGCUCAGUUGUGACGACGACGAGGAAGUUCUUUACAGUUCUCGGGUCUGUGAUAAUAUUUAACAAUCCUCUUGGUACACGGCAAUGGAUUGGCGUGGUGCUAGUUUUCUCAGGGCUGAUGGCCGAUGUCUACUUCAGCAAGACUAGUAAAGCAAAGAAGUAAAUGUUACAAAAAGGCCACCACAGGAAUUGCUCAUCAAGUGAACGCCAAGGUCAUAACAUCUCAUUAGAAUUCAAUGUUUGUAAAUAAGAGCACACAUAUAUUUAAUCGGGGGAAGAGUUUUUUCUGGAAAGCAGUUUUGCAUCUUCACAGCACGGUGUGUUAUUUAUGGUCUUAAAAUAAAAAACUACUAUACAACCUUA